UCACUCUGCUUUCCCCUUCUUUGCUCAGCGUUUCUGUUUCUCUGCUCCUCUCCCAGCUGCUCCACCUCGGUGCCCAUCCCCUGGAGGCCAUAGCCUCCUGCCUGUGUGUACUGAGUUCUCCGUACAUGCAGAGAGAUUUGUGUGCUCCAGAUGUUCGUCUGCGUUUCUUGAUUCAGCUGAACAGGUCACUGGUUCCCCCAGUUUCCUUUCUCGUUCCUCCCUCACUCCUCUCCGGAGCCGUUCCGCCCUGCCUCUUCUCCCAGGGCAUCCCCGAGCGAAGCUCUGCCGCAGUCGCAGGUCUCUCUGUCGACUUUUGUCUUCCGAGAAAGGGAGGAAGAGCAAGCCAGAAAGAGACAUGGGAGGGGAAGACAUACGCAUGCGUCGACUUCCACGGUGGAGGACAUCCGGUGAUGCAUGCAGACUCGUGAAAUGACAAAAGAACGAACCGCAAAAGGAGAGAGGGGAGACCUGAACUCUUUUCCCCGGCGUUCUUGUUCCAUUCCUUUCCGGUGUGACUGUGUUGAGAGAGAAAAAGACAAAAAAACGGAGAGCAUCGAGGAACAUGCGGGAGGCGAAGGCCCCUUGCGGUAAAAUAUACGCUUUUAAGUUUCUCUCUCAUUACGGUGUUUUCUUUUUAACGAAACUCUCACAAUGUUCUCGCGCAGCCAGAUGCUUCGACAAGGGACGAGACAGUCCUCUUUUCUUUCUUCCUCGGCCUCUUUCCUCUCUCUUUCCUCUCGUUUCUCCAGUCCGGAGAUGAUCUUCGCUUCUCGUCUUUUCUCCUCUUCUUUCUCACCACGCCCUUUGUCGCCAGUCUCCUCGUCACUCCUCGCGCUUUCUUUUCUCUCUCCUUCCAGUUCUGUUCCUCUCUCAUCGUCUUCUCUCUCUUCCUCUUCCGCUUCUUCGUCUUCCUCGUUCUCGCAUGCAGAAUCGGCGCGUGCAUACUCCGAGACGGCGCGAGACCGCUCUCCACCCUGCGCGUUCGCGUCGCAAGGAGGAGGUUUUCCUACACUCGCCGCAGCCUUUCUCCGCAGAUUCGCUUCCUCCUCGUCUCCCUCGCCGAGGAAGAAAGGCGAGUGUAUCGUCGCAGACGAAGCCGACGAAGUCGCGGAGUCUUUGCUCUCUUCUGUCUCUUCUUCGCCAUCGUCGCCUUCUUCUUCGGCCUGGCUGCUGGACACCGGCGAGAUCGUUCCAGGCGCCUUUGCCUCUGUGAAGAAGGUCGGCGACUUUCCUCUCCUGCCCCUCUCGCUUCUUCUCUCUCGACUGAAAGAGAGGCGGCAGGAGCUUCUUCGAGACUGGCAGGUGCAUGCAGUCCGACAGGCUGCGGUUCGAGAGCCGCUCGCUGAGGCGACGCGUGAGAACGACGGAGGCGCAGGUCCCCGCGCAGUCGAGGCCUUUGCGCGGGAGGAGGAGCGCAUUCAGAGGAAAAUCAAAAUUCUGGAGCUCCUCGCUUGUGGGGGACUCGAAGAAAACGCGAGUUCACAGGGCGCGAUCGGAGACGCGAAGCGCAUUGCCUUCCUUGCGCAUGCAGACGCCGUCAAUCUGCUUCUUCUCCUUGCAGCCGAGGCAGAGACUCUUGCGAGGCCAGGCGAACGAGAGGAGACAGAGGGGAAAGAAGGCUCCAGCGCGGUUGGAGAAAUCUCGAAGCAAGAGGAGCGGCAGUUGUGGCGACUGAAAUGCGAAGGAAACGAAGAGAAGUGGAACCUGUGCAUUUCCAGACUGAAGGAACUCGCUCUCGAUCAUGAAGACUCGUUCCUCGUCUUCUACGCCAUGUGCAGCACCAAUCGAUUCGACGCUGUCCUCCUGCCGGCUCUCCUCGAGAGACUCGAGGCAUCCUUCUUUUCCUCCCAGGCCCUCUCGAAGCCUCUCUUCCACCCGAUUUUCGAAGUGUGGGAUCCACCCUGCGAGAGCUUCGCGGCCCUGAUUAACGUCCUUCCUCUUAGCGCGAAGGCGGUCGUUGUCACGGCGGACCGGCGCUCAGAGCGAGAGAGACGCGAAAACGAAGGGUGGCUGGCGCCUCCUGAAGCUCCUCCGCUUGUUCUCCCGAACUGGCAAACGAUGCAUCCUGUCGACAUGGAGGCCUGGGAGAAGAAGCAGCGACGAGUAGUUCGCACGCGCCAUGUGAAAGCGAAAAUCAUUCGCCAGGCUGAUGGAAGGAAGCUUGCGGCAACCAUGGCUCUCCAUGGGCGCCAGGCCAUUCACCGCGACGCCGCCGUCAGCUCGCUGGUCUCGGUCGCGGCCAUGUGUGCCUCGAAUUCGCAAAGAGCCUUGCGAGGCGAGCUGCUGCCUGAGACGCUGAACCUGCUAGCUGCCGAACUCCUGGGUCGCUCCGCAGACGCGCUCAGCCCCCAUCUCCUCAGCCUUUCGUUUCUGCUCUCACAGUCGUCCGUCUCCCUCACGGAACGCCUGUUUCUCCACCUCGAGGCAGUCCUGCGCGGCUGGCUCGAGGAAAAUGGAUUUGUCGAGAAGAAGCAAACCGAAAACGUGGAUGGCGAGAGCAAAGAGCUCUGCACAGAGACGGCGAGCGAGAAGCGUCGGAAGGCCUCUGAGGAGCAGCUGCGCAAUCUUCCACCAGGCCUCAACGUCUUCGGCCUUGUCCAGUCGAGUCCCUCUUCCUCUGAUGCGCUCCUGGCGUCCGGGGAACGUUCGGAAACGUCGAAGAGCGCCGACACCGAGUCGGCACUCUGGGAGAGUCGCGUCCUCGCCGCGCUGCUGUCCAGCUUCCUGCGCGUGGACGACUACCGCCCCUCACUCGACUUCGUUCUUCUUCUCUCGGACGCUCUCCGGAACUCGCUCCGCCGGACGGCUGUUCUUUCCUCUGCGUCCGAGUCUUCCGCGCCGCUCGCCAUUCACGAAAAAGAUGUCUUGUCGCUGAAGGAGACUGGGGCUCUGCUCUCCAGUUUCGCGACGUCAGGUUACGCAGUUCCUCCUUCUCUGAUGGCUUGUCUUGUGGAGCACUUCCUCUAUGACGUCGACCUCUUCCUCACAUCUUCCCCUCUUUCUCCUUUUGCUUCGUCUCCAUCUUCAUCUUCUUCGUCGGCGGAGGAAGCUGAGCAGUUGUCGCAGAGCUUCUUCUGUUCAUCGCGAGGCCGCGCGACGCCUGGAGACUGCGCGACGCUUCUUCACUCUCUCGCUUCUCCGUCGCCUCUCUCGAGCGAACGCCUCGCGGCGGCCGACAAGGCUGGAGAGCAGAAGACCGCGAACUUGGAGAAGCUGAGGUUCGAGGCAAUGACGCAGGCCUGGCGCCUUGUCGCGCCUGUGCUCCAUCUCCUGCAACCCCCAUGCAAGCUGCUCAUUUUAAACAGCUUGCAGACUGCGCAUGCUCCGCCAGAUGUAUCGUCGACGGCUUUCUUCCAACGUAGCUUGGAAACGUUCCUUCGCGACAACCCUGACGUCGACUCUUCUCUCCUCGGCUCUCUCUUCGGCACGCAGGGGAGACAGUAGAAAUCUGCGGCGCGGGAGAAGAGACCAACCAGUUCAACACUCCUGGUCGAGCAGGCCGUCCAGGUGCCUGUGGACGUCUGCGAAAACCGCCUUCUUCCUCAGGACAACGUACAUGCAUCACCACUUCGCUUGUCUCCAUGAAAUUAUAUAUAUAUAUAUGUGUGUAUGUAUAUCGAGCGAACUGAAGAGAGAAACAAGCUGCAAAUUGUUUACAUGGGGAUGUGUGUGUUUCCUUGUUUUGGACACAGUUUCUACUUGAAGGCAGGUUUGUGGGCGGCUGUGUUUAUCGUCUUGGGUGUGAGGAACGCUUCGCAAGAGUCCGAGAGUGGUGCCGGGGGCGCCGGGAUUAUCGCGGAGUCUCUGCGUGCAUGCGGCAAUCGCCGUCGAUCUCUUUGGACCCUGAGGAGUCGUGAUACCGGAUUUGGGCGUCGUGGAAGCAUCCAGAGAAACUCCUCAGUUGCUUCCUGACGCGAGCUUUCUCUCCACGUUUCAGAACUAAAGCAUAAAAGGAGAACACUGAAACUCAAAGCGAAUUCUCA